UUUAUUUAUUUUAAAGAAUAAAGCCUGCAAUCGUUGUUUUAAAGUGCAACCAAUCACCAGUAGAUAGAUGUCUGUGGCAUGUAGGUUAUUGCAGAACUUUGGUGUUACGAGCUCCGCUAGAGUCCAAAAAUUUCAGCAAAAACAAGCAUUUAUUCUCCCAAAGCAGAAGCCGUUUUGCAGCAGAUUUGUCAUUGCAUAUAAUGUCACGAAAGAAAAAUAUUAAAAUCGUAAAUUUUCAGUCUGUAAGAAAAUUUGAUAUUGUCUUACAAAUGGCGGGUGUCCACAGAAAACGUGACACUGAGCAAUUUUGGCACCAAAACCCAUCCUUGUUGUACCUAAAUGGCAAACAGCAAGUCUCGAUCUUUCACGCCCAAUUAUACAUCUCAGUGUGGUCAAGCCUCUUUCAUUUAAAUUCCGCCUUAAGAGGAUUUUAAGAUCAUUUCAACGUUCCGCUUAAAUUAUUAAGUUUUGAAAAAGGUCAAAGGUAGAGGAGGUCAUGAAGUUGAAAACGUCGUUAAAACAGGCUUUCAUGCUAAGAAUAUCCCCGUGGAAAAGGUGGGUCCAUAUUUCGAUUUAACAUACUUUGGCGGAGGAAUAAAAAAGCGCAUAAUUUGUAACGUCAAAUAUUGCGAAAAUUUGAACAUGAAAAUAAUCUGGGGAUUGAAGCUCAAGUCUGCUAGAAUUUGGUUUAAAUAUUUUUAAAAAGCUUUCAACUGAACUGAAAUCUUGCAAUGGAUUGCCAACAUUCCAAAAAUUGCCAAAAAUGUAAACAAAGUUGCCAUAUGAGAAAGAUAGAGAUGAUUUAGAACAAAACUAAACGAGUUAUUUUAAAACCUGAUAUUAAGAAUGGAAAGAAUUACAAAAAAAUUUAAAAAACAUGAUUAAAAUAUUUCUUGCUACCGUAUUCAACAAUCUUUUGGCUUCUUUGACAAUCAAAAUUGUCAGUGAACGCGGAGUGAUUGUAAGUAUUUUGGGUUGCUCAAAAAUUUACUUUUUUUAGGAGUAAAAAUAAUAUAAUUGAUCUUAAUCUUUGUGAUAAUGUGUGCACAAGAAUAGUCUUGUUCACUGGAUUCCAGUGCAUGUCGACUGAAGGUCUCAUACCUUCCCAGCAUUCACUGUUAAAUUGAUGCCUUAGCUGGAUUUGCUAUAAAUAUCUUAUCACGUGUGGCGCCACUUAUAGCAUCAUUGUUGCUGAUUGUACGAGCAGGACAAUAGAUGAUCGCAAGUGAUGUGUAAGUGGAUUAAACAAAGGCAAAUGUUUCAAGUAUGACUUGAUGUAAUGGGAGAAGAAUAUAUGAAAGAGAUCUUAAUUAGGAUUUUUGCAAGGUGCUAUGAGCCAUGACUCAUCUGCAACUCAGGACACAAUUGAAUUGGAUUUGUAAAGCGUUCUUGUUAUGUAAAUACAAGAAAAGACCUGCGUAGAAAAUUCCAGCUUUUCAUAAACCGAAGGUUUGCGUGAUGGCUAUGGAUUGUGUUGAGUAUGACGUAAACAAUUGUCGCCUUCUUGAACCGUGGGUAUAAGCCCAAUUCUUGGAAAGGUCUUUGCACGGGUUAAGGAAAGGGAGAGAUUCGGAAACGCUCGAUUCUUGGAGAAAUGAGGUUUUCAGGUUGCGGCGGGAACUUCCACAAGCGUUGUGCCAUGAAGAUACCCAAUAAUUGCAACGAGUCUCGAUUAAGAAGCGACACUAAUAAAUCUACCCUUUCAAUACCAAGAAAAUACUCAGAUGCCGCUAGCAUUGGAUCAAAUGCUUCUGGUGAUACUUACUUUACUGCAUUAACUGAAAUGCCCUCUCAGACUUCAAGCCCUUCACCCUCGCUUGGUGCGCGCCGAAUGACCUGGACCUGUGGACGCCCUGUAGCCAUUGAUAAGUUGGUGAACAAGCUGGAAAUCCCUCACACCUUUGUCAUCCACUCGUAUCGAAGACCAACAGUCUGCAAUGUCUGUCGAAAACUUCUCAAAGGCCUGUUUCGGCAAGGAUACCAAUGUAAAGACUGCAAAUUCAACUGCCACAAACGAUGUUUUGAAAGAGCACCAAGAAAUUGUUUAGGAGAAAUUGCAUCAAUUUCGAGAACUGACUCAGCGCCGGAUGACGCAGUUAGUGACAGUCAAUCAGACAUUGACUUCAACGAAUUGCAUGAAGAUAUCGACCAGCAGGAAGAUGACGAGGUCAUUACUGAGGGGAACGACGCUCAGAAAAACAAGGAUGAAGGCCAGGCAUUGGCAGAAACAAUGAGCAACAAUAUUCCACUGCAAAGGAUCGUCGUGUCUGUGAAACACCAGAAGAGAAGAUCUUCUAAAGUACUCAAACAAGGCUGGAUGCUUCAUUACACCGAGCGUGAUACUUCAAGACGAAAGCAUUAUUGGCGUCUUGACACAAAACAUUUGACGAUGUUUCAAGCUGACACUGGGCGGAAUUACUAUAAGGAUAUUCCGCUCCAAGACGUGCUGGCCAUUGAAACCAACACAGAUCAUUCGGGAAAGCCUGAAAAAGGCGGGGCUUACGUCUUCGCGCUGAAAACGACAACUUGUAUAUAUUAUUGUGGAGAGCGUGAAGAAUUUGAUGAAAAAGGAAGCAUAAUCCCAGCGGAGCCAGAUAGCGGCAAAGGAAUUAGAAUUGGUUUAUCAUGGGCAGAAAUCGUCAAGAAUGCUCUUCAGCCCAUCGCCAUGAGAACUGAAGCUGCUGCGGCUGCCGCAAGCGUCGUUGCAGGAUCUGCCGCGAGGUCAUCAGCGCAGGGUAAAGACAAGAUCAAGACAAUGGAAGAAAGCGAUAAAGAAACCGAGCAACAAGACCAGGCCCAGGAUUUCAGCGAGGUUUACCAACUUUUCACUGACGAGAUUCUUGGUUCCGGACAAUUUGGAGUUGUUUACGGCGGUGUCCACCGAAAAACCGGUCGCGACGUGGCUGUCAAAGUUAUUGACAAAUUAAGAUUCCCUACUAAAGAAGAGAGAGCACUGAAAAACGAAGUCACUAUAUUGCAGACUAUUCACCAAGGAGCAGUUGUUAAUCUAGAGUGGAUGUUUGAAACGCCUGAAAGGAUUUUUGUCGUAAUGGAGAAAAUGAAAGGAGACAUGUUGGAGAUGAUAUUAAAUAGUUCGAAAGGAAGACUUUCAGAGAAGGAAACGAAAUUUCUCAUUCAUCAGAUCUUGGUAGCGUUGAAGUACCUACACAGUCAAAACAUAGUGCACUGCGAUUUGAAACCGGAAAAUGUUCUCAUAGCUGAAAAUGUUUCAAAGAGCAAGUUCCCACAGAUAAAGCUUUGCGAUUUUGGAUUUGCCCGGAUAAUUGGAAGGGAGUCCUUCCGUCGUUCCGUUGUCGGAACACCCGCCUACCUAGCCCCUGAAGUCCUUAACAACAAGAAGUACAACCGAUCACUUGAUAUGUGGUCAGUUGGCGUUAUCAUAUAUGUCAGUUUAAGUGGUACAUUCCCUUUCAACGAAGAGGAAGAAAUCGCCGAUCAGAUAAAAAAUGCUGCAUUUAUGUACCCACCAAAUCCAUGGGCUGAGGUCUCGGCCGAAGCAAUUGACCUUAUCAACAAGUUGUUGCAAGUUAAAAUAACAAAGAGGUUGUCAUGCCAACAAGCCCUCUUUCAUGUUUGGAUGCAGGAUUAUAACACUUGGUUGGAGCUGCGGAGCUUAGAAGAGGCUGUUGGGAGGCGCUAUUUGACACAUGAAAGUGACGACGAACGAUGGCAGCGGUAUGAAAAAUCACUGCGUGCGACGCCAACAGCUACUGAUGGCGAAAUUAGUUUUCUUUAAUGGUUCUUGAAAUUUUAAUAUGAAUAUUCUCUGAACAUGAAUAUGCUGGAUGGCCAGCUUUGCGUAGGUAAAUAGACAAUUUUUUUGACAGAAAGUGGUCGUAUUAAUGAUGCCUAGGGUCUUAAGUGUAUCGAUUGCAGUACAGUGAACUGGUUGAUCAAGGUAUGAACGAUUAAAUAAAUAAGUGAAGGGAGAGGGGAAAAGAGUGGCGAAUAAUGAACUGACGAGGUUUUAGAUGUUUGUAAUAGCUGUUAUAGUGAUGAUGGUUGGUCGUUUAAGAUACGAAUACAUAUGCAGCAUUUGCAAACGUCUGAUGUUAACCGAACGGGAACAGUGUCUAGAAAGGUGUCCAAAGAAAUCACUUAAGAAGUUUUUUCAUUUUUGACAAUCGAUAUUUUUGGCAAAGAGAUACGAUGCCAUGAAUGCAGUUGAUAAAUACCCAAGUAUUUUAUAUAAAAAAGUAUUUUACCAAGGGUUGAAAACCCUGUUCUCUCUCAUUGAACAAAUGCGGAAUUCUUUUGGUAUUAAAAAAAAUCCAGGCAUUUUUGUAUUCCCUUUAAUUCACCCCCCCCCCAAAAAAAUGUCCGGUCUGUCGGUAUUAAACGUUUUUCUGUGACUCUUUCAACCUUUAAGCUGUGUCUCUCAAACGAAGGCUUUAAGUUUCCCCUACGAAUCGCAAUCAAUCUCAUGUGUAUAUUUCCAAACGUAGCUUCUUGUGAUGUGUUAAAUGUUCGUGAAACUAUAUUCCUUCUUCAGUAGCGUUUCAAUGCCGGGGGAUCCAAUUCACCUUAGGAACUUUAUGGUCUAAAUGACGUAAUUUAUCAAGUAGAUAUUCGAUAGUUUUUCAUCUUCACUACCACUAUUGAUCGAAAUUUUUGCUACUUUUAAUUAGAUUUGCGAUGACAAUGCCGAGUAGUGCUUCUUAUUACCCAGUGCUUAUUACCCUGUAAAUCAGAUUUUCAUUGGCUGUGCACAUGUGUUACACCUUUCGACGUUCCCAAUAUUAACGAGCUUUUUUUACUAGGAUCCUAAUGAUACCUUAAUUAGUAUCGUGCCACCUUAGUCCGUAUUAUUUCUCAAGGGCAUAUUGUAGUCAUAGUAACCGUUUAGCCUGCAAGUUAUUUUACUGCGUCGUAUUUUCUACUUUAUGUUUUUAAACUACCCAACUUCAACAUGCAUACACAUUUUUAAGCAGAUGUUUUAAUUUGCGUGAAUUUAUCGUAAAAGUAAUCGUGUAAUUCGUUAACGUUUUAUUUGGUUAGUUUAGGGUUAAACAGGGCUGCUCUCUCGCGCAAGUCAUCAGUCAUGUCGAAUUUACUUUGCCUGCAUUUCAGACACGUUUAUAGGUAGUAACAUUCUCCAGUAGGAUUUUUAGUCCAGUGAGAUAUCAAGCAUUUAACCCUCUAUUAAGUACGUGCUUGUAAGAUUUGCAAAUAGAGAACCCCAAAUGAGCAUGACGUCAAUCUCUAGAUGGUGAUAAUCGACUCUAAAUGUACUUAAUACAGCUUAAUACAAGGUGGAUCGUUAUCAACGCAUUACUUUAUUUGAGGGACCUUCUUGCCUUAAUUUGAUACUUCUUGAAACAUUUUAUUGAUGACUUGUAUAACAAUAUUCAACGACAUGAGCAACUUGCUAUACCAGUUAAUAUGUAUUAUUUAUUUUUCAUUAGUAUUGUACAAAGGCCUAACCUCUCGUAGAUUAUAAAAAUCUCGUAAUCACGUAUUUCUGAGUAGGAUAUGGGAGACUCUGUUUGGGUAUCGAACAAAAUAACUAACAAAAUUAAUUACAUUGUCUUGGUUUUUUAUUUGA